AUGCCUGAAAAUCUUCUCGUCUCCGCUUCUUACGAUCAAACAAUCAAAAUCUGGAACAUCGCCGAUGGAAGAAUGGAAGCAACAAUUCAACAUAAUGAAGGACAAGUAAAUGCGUUGAGCUUGACAACAAACGGAAGAGAUUUAGCGUUAGGAGCAUGGCAGAAAGUGAGAAUAUAUGAUGUUUCGAUGUCCAAAGAUCCGAAAGCUACAAUCGAUUUGCCGAAAAAUGUGACUGUUGUUGGAUUUGAGGUUUAUAAAUAUCUGAAUUGAAAAUAUAUUUAUCUAAAGUUUUUUUUUAGAUUAGUGGCAGAUGGAUGUAUACAGGAGGAGAUGACGGUGCUUGUAGAAUUUGGGAAAUGAGAAGUAAUCAAUUGGUGGCAAAUAGAACGUUGUCUGUGAGUAUUUAACCCAGAUUACUCUUUCCAAAUCAAAAAAACUUAUAGUUUACUCCUGCACAAGUUACAAGUAUGGUUCCACACGUCAAUCAAACUGAAAUGUUCAUUUCAACAAAUGCUGGACAAGUUAUUGUUUGGGAUGUGACAAGUAAUGAGACACAUCAAUUACCAAUGCCCGAAAAAUUGGGACUAUUGGAAAGUGUUCAGAAAUUGAGUGUUCGACCCGAUGGAAAACGGUUGUCUGGAAUAACAAAUCGGGGGAGAUUGUUGUGUUGGGAUGUGAAAACGAGGCAAAUUGAUCCGGUUCCAAAUAAUCGAUUUGAUAAUAUUAUUCAAAAUGAUAAAUGGUAUGGAACACUAAUCAAUAAAGAUAACGAGGAUUGUCGAUUGAAUAAUGGCUAUGGAUUAUCAUGCAGGUAAGAUAAUUAUAGUGAUUAGAUUUUGCAAAUCAAAAAAAAAUCAAAUAGAUACUCAUCGGAUGGUUCUCACAUUGUUGCAUCCAGUUCCGGACCAGACAUUCAUGUUUUCAACGCGGAAACUUUGAGACAAGUUGCAACUUUGAGAACGGAUUGCGAAUGGAAUUGGGAUGCGAUUUUUUCGCCAGACGGAAAACAUAUAUUUAGUGGUGGAAGUGAUGCGAAAAUUAAAGUGUGGGAAACUGCGACUGCUUCGAGAGUUACACAUUAUGAAGGGCAUGUUAAACCGAUCACAGCAAUGUGCAUCAAUAAUCCACCACCCAAUUGA